AUGAUUGAAGAGGAAAAUGGCGGGCCUCCAUCUAACGCGCCAUUCCUAGUUCAAAUGUAUAAUAUUAAAGAACCAAACUACACACCAAAGCAACCAGAUGAAUUCAAAAGAGAAGAGAAAAAUAAUUCUGAAUUAUCAAAUCACAGUAAAGGAUCUCAAUUAGAUAAACGAGCUCCAAGAAACUAUCAAAAUCUUGAACCAGCUAAAACAAGACAAAGGAGAAGACGUAGGAAGCAAGAUUUUAAUCCACUCGAGUUCAUGCUUGAUGAAAACUCAUCAAAAGCUUCAAAAAUUGCUACCAAGCUCCUCUUUGGAGGAGUAAUUGAUGAAGAAGUUACUCCAGACAUAUUUACUAUUGUUAUUAAAGAUCUUGAGCAUAGAAGAGAUGUAUUUAUGCUUAAAGGAGCCUUUCCAGAAUCUCUUAAAGCAUCAGAAGCAAUAGAUAUGGCCAAACAACUACAAAUCAACGCAAUCAAAAAGCAAACACAAGAAUACGAACUUGCUGAUGUGAACUUAAGGCAAGGACACAUGGAAACAGAUGCUGCUAUCUUUAAUCAUAUAUCUCGUGCAGAAUUUAAUGAAAUUCGUGAGAAAAACAAAAAGAUUAUUGAAAGAAUGCGAGAAAGGCACAAAAGAGAGCUAGAAGAACAUGAAAGGAAGUGGAAAGAUGAUAAAAUGCAGAGAAACUACAAUCACAGGUCUGCCAAGCUCCAAGAGCUUUAUUCUCUUGAAAGAAGAUUACAUGCUGUUGGAAGAACUGAAGAAGCGAAUACAAUCAAGAAACAAGCGGAACAAUUAGAAGCAAUUGAAUACGAAGCAAGUAGACAAAGGUUUGAAACUGACUAUCGCGAAUCACGUGAUCUCUUACUCAAGAAACAAGCUGAUGAAUUGGAUACAUACAAGAAGGCAAAUGAAGUUAGAAAGCAAGUAUUCAGGAACAAAUAUCAAAAUGGAAAAAGAACUAUAUCAAAUAGAAGAGCGAUGUUGAAGCAUCAAGAAGAGAUUGCUAAAGAUCCUGACAGAGUAUGGAGGCUUAGACAUCGUGGAGAACGUGAUACAGUUGUUACCGGUGCUCGAAGAGAAGGUGUUAAAAACCUUCCACCAAUUAGUCCAAUUUUACUUCCUCCUCUUGAAGAAAAGAAAUCUUCUAGAAAGCAGUGA